ACGGCGACGGCGGGUCCGGCUCGGGCAGCGCCGAGGCGGCAGGGGCAGCGGCUGGGCCCCGGCCCUGUGCGUCCGUGUGCGCGCGCUCCUUGGAUGUGAAUCGGCGGCGGCGGCAGCGGCAGCGGCAGCGGCAGCGGAGGAGCCUCGGGCGGAGGGCCGGCCGGCGCCGGGCGGGGGGGGAGUGCGCACCAUGGAGCCGCGGCGGGGGGUCGCCCGCGCGACGGCGGCGGCGGUGGCGCUACUGCUGCUGCUGCUGCCGCCCCGGGGCCGGGCGGACGAGCACGAUCACACGUACCAAGAUAAAGAAGAAGUUGUUUUAUGGAUGAAUACCGUAGGACCAUACCACAAUCGACAAGAAACUUAUAAAUACUUCUCACUUCCUUUCUGUGUGGGAUCGAAAAAAAGCAUCAGCCAUUACCAUGAAACACUGGGAGAAGCUCUUCAAGGAGUUGAGUUGGAGUUUAGUGGCUUAGAUAUAAAAUUCAAAGCAGAUGACGUGCAAACCAACUACUGUGAAAUUGACUUAGACAAAGCGAAAAGAGAUGCUUUUGUAUAUGCUAUCAAGAAUCACUACUGGUACCAGAUGUACAUCGAUGAUUUACCAAUAUGGGGUAUUGUUGGUGAAGCAGAUGAAGAUGCUGAAGAUUACUAUCUUUGGACCUACAAAAGGCUGGAAAUAGGUUUCAAUGGAAAUAGAAUUGUGGAUGUUAACUUAACUAGUGAAGGAAAGGUGAAACUGAUAGCAAAUACUAAAAUUUCAAUGUCAUAUUCAGUGAAAUGGAAAAAAUCAGAUAUAAAAUUUGAAGAUCGAUUUGACAAAUAUCUUGAUCCAUCUUUUUUUCAACACAGGAUUCACUGGUUUUCAAUUUUCAAUUCUUUUAUGAUGGUUAUCUUCUUGGUGGGCUUAGUUUCGAUGAUUUUAAUGAGAACUUUAAGAAAAGAUUAUGCACGAUAUAGUAAAGAGGAAGAAAUGGAUGAUAUGGACAGAGACCUAGGAGAUGAGUAUGGCUGGAAACAGGUACAUGGAGAUGUAUUUAGACCAUCAAGUCACCCUCUGAUAUUUUCCUCACUUAUUGGUUCUGGAUGCCAGAUAUUUGCAGUAUCUUUCAUUGUCAUUAUUGUUGCAAUGAUAGAGGAUUUAUACACAGAGAGGGGAUCAAUGCUCAGUACAGCUAUAUUUGUUUAUGCUGCCACAUCCCCAGUGAAUGGUUACUUUGGAGGAAGCCUUUAUGCUAGACAAGGAGGAAGGAGAUGGAUAAAGCAGAUGUUUGUUGGGGCUUUCCUAGUUCCUGCAAUGGUGUGUGGCACUGCUUUCUUCAUUAAUUUUAUAGCCAUAUAUUACCAUGCUUCAAGAGCUAUUCCAUUUGGGACAAUGGUUGCUGUUUGUUGCAUCUGUUUUUUUGUUAUUCUUCCCUUGAAUCUUGUUGGUACAAUUCUAGGCCGAAACCUGUCAGGUCAACCCAACUUUCCUUGUCGUGUCAAUGCUGUGCCUCGUCCUAUACCAGAAAAAAAAUGGUUCAUGGAACCAGCAGUUAUUGUUUGUCUUGGAGGAAUUUUACCCUUUGGGUCAAUUUUCAUUGAAAUGUACUUCAUUUUCACAUCUUUCUGGGCGUACAAGAUCUAUUACGUUUAUGGUUUCAUGAUGCUGGUGCUGGUUAUCCUUUGCAUUGUGACUGUUUGUGUAACCAUUGUAUGUACAUACUUCCUACUAAAUGCAGAGGAUUAUAGGUGGCAAUGGACAAGCUUUCUUUCUGCUGCAUCAACUGCAAUCUAUGUUUACAUGUAUUCCUUUUACUACUAUUUUUUCAAAACAAAGAUGUAUGGCUUGUUUCAAACAGCAUUUUACUUUGGUUAUAUGGCGGUAUUUAGCACAGCCUUGGGGAUAAUGUGUGGAGCAAUUGGUUACAUGGGAACAAGUGCCUUUGUCCGAAAAAUCUAUACUAAUGUGAAAAUUGACUAGAAAAACAAGAAAACUGAGAACUCUGGAUCAGUUACUGUUUCAUAGGGGUGGAACUUGCACAACUGUAAAGCGCAAGAAGAUAAUUGGGCUUUAACACUGGGUACUUUGUGGGUCUCUGUUUCAUGGAUGGCUUAAAGUAACAUCUAUUUUCAUUGAUCCUAGGUUCUUACUGACUGCUUUCUCCAACUGUUCACAGCAAAUGCUUGGAUUGUAUGCUAUAGGCAUUACCACAGUACAUGGCUAAUCUUCCCAAAAACUAGCUCAUUAAAGAUGAAUAGACUAGCUCUCUUCAGUGAAGAGGACAAACAGUUUAUUUAAAGCAUUUGUUCCAUUAUAAAUAAAAAGUGGGAAACUUGGCUGCUAAAAUUAUAUGAAUAGAAAUCUUUCUGGAAUUUAGAUAUUGAAAAAGUAAUGUUCCAGAAGAUUACUUUUCCCUUAUUUUUGCUGCCAUUGUCAGGAUAGUGGGAUGUUUUUAUAUUUUGGAUCUGGGCUCUCUAUUUUUUUUUCCAGUUCAUUUGCCAUAUCAACUAUACCUACAUUCAUUUGUUUAAGAGAAUUAAAAAGUAUAUAUAUUAAAACCUGCAUGUAAUA